CUUGAAAUAGUAUUGAAGGUGUUUGGUGGCCUCGUAAGUAUCAACUUUCGCAGGAUAUCAAUAGUUAAUGAAUGCUGAGUAUCUCAGUAUGCUGUUGGCAGAGGAUUUUAAUGUUUAAUCUGGGUUUCUUACGAUCAUUUUGUGGUAUCCCGCGCUGAAAUCUCGCGUUUUUAUAGCACUCUGUCCACGUGUCAAGCCGACUUUAAGUGAAUUAGAAUAUGAAGGAAAAAGUGGACAUUCCCGAUCCUUUGUCGUGAACCUCGUCUUGGCGGAGUUCAAAGGCUGUAUUGAAGUGCGCAACAGGAUGCGUGUGUAACUACCCCUUGGUCGCCAAUAAGUUGGUCAUUUCUUAUUGAAGGAUCGUCAAGUACUUUACUUUACCCCCCUCAGCCAAUCCUGAUUUUGAGACGUUAUACCUCAUAUCUUUUGAGCUAGAAAGAAAAGAAUGCAUUCUGCGUACGCCUCUAUUUACGCGUCUGCCAUUCAGAGAGGAUAUUGCUACACGGUUUCCACACCUUUGGAUAAGUUUAGUUCUGUUGGUUUGAGCAGGUCCACAAGGAUUUUCCAUUUUCUCAAGCUUGCAUGACAGGACAUUGUACCCAGGUACCUGAAGAUUAUUUUUCUGAUUAAAGUUCUGUAAGUUUUUAAUUGACAGGUUUUUUGUAUGAAAAUAGGUGUUAAAAUGGGCCAAUCGGAGAAAAUGCUAUGGAGAAGCCUGUUUUAGCAGUUUCAACAGUUCAGAGUAUAUCCAGUUUAAAAAUUUUAGGUCCUAAAUACUAAUAUUGAAUAAAAUCCACGCAAACGAAUUUACUAAAACUUAUUUUGAUACAAGAUCUUUUUAUAACAGUUUUGCAUUAGAAACGCUUUCAACCCAGAGCGAUUGAAGCUUUGUACUGUCGGUGUCUGCUGGUGUUGUUUGUUUUUCUUUCCAUUUCCUUCCCAUCCAUAUAAAUCCCCGCGUUCUUUCAAACAUUUGCUUACUCUCCCAUCGUGUUGUUUUGACCGUCAGGACUUUCGUAGAUAUUGUUUUCAUCGCGGAAUAGAAUAUUGUCAGCAUAGAAGUCGAUCGUUUGUCUUCCCUCCGUUUUGUUUCUCCUGUCAUCCGCCGCUUUGGGAUCUAUGUGCUCAGCUGUCGACUGCUUUUGAUCGGAGGCACGACACACAAGACAAACAGACCUUGAUAUUCGGCAAACUAUUGGCCAAGCCGCCCCAGCCCAUGUCCGCUACGUCAUCUAAUUUGAUAGAAAUCUUUCGACAGAAAAUCCACAGAAACUCAACUAUACCCUCUAAAUUAUGUGGUGUGAUUUUGCAUGUUAACAUUGAUCGAAAUGUUUCUUUUGUUGUUCCGUUACACCGGGGAAAUCACAUUCAAAAAGCGUUAUUUUUAAGAAGUUGACAAAAAGUUUUUUGUGGUUGUGGUUCACACUUAAGGAGACGGAAUGCCAGCAGGCAGACGAGGCCUCGUUGUACCUCAGAACACUUUUCUGGAGAACAUCGUACGACGGUCCAAUGGCCUUCAUCCCAAUUUUAUCCUGGGUAACGCCCAGAUCCUUGGCAAUCCUAUUGUGUACGCGUCCGAUGGCUUUUGCAAGCUGACUGGAUUCUCACGAAGCGAGGUGAUGAAGAAGAGCUCUGACUGCACCUUCCUUCACGGCGAGCACACAAGCAACGAGUCGAUGAAGGAGAUCCACGAUGCACUGAUCAAUAAACAGGCGCUACAGUUAGAGAUCAUCAUCUACAAGAAGGACGGCUUGGCAAUGUGGGUACUGCUGCACAUCGGACCAAUCGUCAACGAGAAGGGGGAGGUUGUGCUGUUCCUGAUGACCAUCAAGGAUAUCACCGAAUACAAGGACCCAAUCCCAGGCACAGAUCAAGGCGGCGCCAAAGGAUGGGCUCGCCUAAACAAGUCCCUCACAAGACAUAAGACCGUACUGGUUGCGUUCAAGCAGAAGUCUGCGUCGCAGAAGAAUGCGCAACAGAUCACACACCUGAUGUCACUCAAUGAUGACAUCAUCCCUCAGUACAAGCAGGAGAUACCGGAGACACCCCCUCGUGUCAUCCUACACUACAACACGUUCAAAACUUCCUGGGACUGGGUCAUCCUGAUUCUGACGCUCUACACAACUGUUUCCGUGCCUUUUAUGGUUUGCUUCGCGUACAAUAGCGAACCCCUAAACAUUCUCGACAUGAUAGUGGAUUGGCUGUUCAUAGCCGACAUUGUGUUGAACUUCCACACCACAUACGUGGGUAAAGAUGGCGAGAUAAUCGAUGAUCCCCGCCUCAUCCGAUUGAAUUAUCUGAAAACGUGGUUCGUCCUUGACUUGGUAUCCUCUCUUCCUUACGGCGUUCUUUAUUUUAUCCCAAAAUCCGAAAUGGAACAAACGGAGAUUGCAAACCUUUUGAGCUUCCUUCGUGUCUUUCGUCUUCUUCGUCUAGGCCGCGUCGCGCGCAAAAUCGACAAAUAUUUAGAGUACGGCGCUUCCACAUUCUUCCUCCUUAUGCUCUCAUUUUGUCUCGUUGCGCAUUGGAUGGCCUGCAUGUUUUACGUCAUUGCGACUAAAUAUGAUAAAUAUGAUGUACACUGCUGGCUUUACAUACUUGCUGAUCAAAUUGGCAUGCAGUAUAAGAAGAACGGCAACUCCACAGAAUAUGACUAUACUAAUACAGGGCCUACCAUUGCUGCCCGUUAUGUGUCUGCGUUGUAUUACACACUUACAAGUCUCACGACAAUCGGAUUCGGGAAUAUAUCCCCUAACACAACGGCGGAAAAGCUGUUUGGAUGCGUUACCAUGCUGCUAGGAUCGAUUUUGUUCUCGCUGAUUUUUGGGCAAGUGUCGGCGAUCCUGCAGCAGUCCCAAAAGAACACUGCUAAAUAUCACUCAAUCAUCGAUAACAUGCGGCAGUUCAGCAAGCUGUAUAAGCUACCGUCCGUGUUAGCUGAUAGAAUUAUAGACUACUUCAUGUCAACUUGGGCGAGUAACAAGGGCAUAGAUACAGAUGAGGUGCUCAAGUACUGCCCCAAGGACUUACAGGCGGACAUCUGUGUACAUCUGAACCGCGUAGUCCUGGAGAAUAAUUUAGCCUUUCGCGACGCACCAAUGGGCGUCAAGCGUGCCAUCGCAAGGAAUUUCUGGAUCUGUCACGUGGCACCUAACGAUCGAAUCAUUCAUCACGGGGAAAGCCUGGACGUUUUGUAUUUCAUCGCACGGGGCUCACUCGAGGUCAAGCAGGGGGAAGCCGUUGUUGGGUUGCUAGGCGAAGGUGACGUAUUUGGCGAUAACGUGUGCAAUGAGCCCACGGUUGGCCAAUCAGCGGUCGAUGUACAUGCGCUGACCUACUGUGACCUACACUGCAUUCAGAGAGACGCUCUGCUUGAAGUGCUCGAAUUCUACCCCGAGUUCGCCAUGAAGUUUGCCAAGAAUUUGCAGCUGUCGUACAACUUAAGAGACGAGCUCACGAUUCGCCGCCGUACGCCGAGCAUAGUGGUCCAUGACGAGGAGGGCGGAGAUGACCUUCGGCCUGUCAGCGUCACCUAUCGCGGGAAACGGAACCGCAAGCUCAGCCUGGUGGAAGAACUUGCCUACACGUACGAUAUCCCAGACUCCACUGUCGAUCACGCUCAUAACAGCGUGGAGGAAGCCGCGCUCCCGGCAGAAAGGAUGGUCCUUCCCGAACGCACCCGAACCCCGAACACUCUCCGAGCAAAGCCCGAACUAUUCCAAGACUCUGUCGACGUGAUUUCCAGUCUUACGGAAAUGAAAGGCGAAGUUCGGCGCGAGAUCGAAGUCAUGAAUAUGAAGAUGACGCAGCUGGAACAGCAGGUGUCCCUUAUUUUGAAUUUGCUUAAAAGCCAAGGUCAUUUGCAUAGUCGAGCAUCCGGGAAUUUGCACGAAUCAUCCGGGAACAUAAUGGAUUCCCCUCAGCAUGACGAAUUCAAUGACUCUAUGAACUCACCUGUAGGGUCCCGAAGGGACACACGCACUCAACCUCCUCAGAGCCCCCGUCCUAGGGAGGACCCUCCGAAAGAUGACCCUCUUCCUGAUUGGCUGGCUCCUCCCGGAAGUGCUUCGUCUCAACAUAGUAUCCCGGAUUGGGAGAAUCAGGAGGCUGAUCAGAGCUCUGCAUCAGCGGCGAGGUUAUUAAACAAAGAUGAACAGAAGCCGUCCGAGCAGCCUGACCCCAGGGCGCUACAGAUUCUUAAACUAAUGCAGAAGAAGUAAACAAAUGCACAUCUUAUAAAGGAGCAUUCUCAGUCUACCCAUAAUGCAAUAGUCCAGUUUCGAUUUCUACUAUGCCCGCUGGACAUACGAACUAAUAACGCAUAAAUACAGUGCGAGCCUCGGUUUGGUGCAAAAUCCAUGCGCAUACUAUCGCGCAUCCCCUGGAGCUUAUAAUAAAACAACGCAAGUUAUUGUUAACUUCUCGUGAUUUCACUUUUGUCUGCGAAUGGUUCGCCUGGAACCGAGGCUUGAAUUGUUUUUAUGAGUCUUUAAUCCCUAUGUCCAGCCGUAAAAUGGAGUUAUAAUCUGGACUAUUCAGACCAUCAGAAACGGGUCUAUGUAGCCUGGGUUUCAUCCAAAUAGACGAUAGAAAUGAUUGAUAAGAGAGGUAUUUUGGCACAAAUGGAAAUGCAAGCCAUUGACGGACUUUUAUUUUAGAGCUUCUACAGUAGCUGGUCUACUGGUAAAAUGUAUAUAUUCACGUCCCUUGGCGAUAAUGCCUUCAAAGAUUGACGUACCAGACACAAACUGCAAUAAUCGAGAAAGUCGAAGACUUCAGAUAUUGUACAGCACAAAUCUCCAACUUAUCCACUUAUACUUUAGAGUGCUAAUGGACAUUGAUAUAGAAAUCAUGGGCGCUCAUAUAAUGUUCGUUGAUAUGGUUUUCUUCGUUUCCCUGCUGAUACUACAUAACGAUUAAAAUUAUGUUUUAUGGUAGGCAUUAAACGAUAUAAAUAAUCAGCGAUGAUGACUGGAUACAGUGCCUGUUGUAGGUGCUAAACACAGCCAAAGUUAUUCCUAACAACAACACCAAAACCAAUGCCGGAAUGACCAAAAUUUAUGCGAUUUUUAUUAUAGAAAAGCAAAACCACACUACACAUUACACCCCAGCCAUGUCAAGUUAACAAAAUAUUUAGAGAGAACCACCAGACAGUGUUUUUAGCAUAGUAUUUCUUUUAAACUCACUAAAAAAAAUAUGAAUAGAUGUUUAUAUAAAAAGCACUUCCAAGAAGAAUAAAAGUCUUAAACGUA